CAGAUGGGGAAACGCAAUCAAACGACAGUGGUCGAGGUGACGGAUUUUAUUCUCUUGGGCAUCACCAACAGACCUGAGCUGCAGGCACCUCUCUUUGGAAUAUUCCUCCUCAUUUAUUUAGUCACUGUGUUGGGUAAUCUGGGCAUCGUUAUCUUGACCCAUGUGGACUCCAAGCUCCAUACUCCCAUGUACUUUUUCCUUAGACAUUUAUCGAUGACUGAUCUUGGUUAUUCAACUGUCGUUGGCCCCAAAAUGAUGGUCAGCUUUCUGGUACACCAAAACAUAAUCUCCUACAAUGGGUGUGCUGCUCAGCUAGCCUUCUUUGAGAUCUUCAUCAUCACGGAACUCUUUGUUCUUUCAGCCAUGGCCUAUGACCGCUACGUAGCCAUCUGCAAACCUCUCAUCUAUGUGACCAUCAUGUCAGACAAAAUAUGCUGGAUACUAGUCCUUAGUGCUUACCUCUACAGUGUGUUUGUGUCACUGCUUCUAACCAUUGAGCUAUUUAAAUCUUCCUUCUGUGGUUCUAACGUUAUUGAUUACUUUUAUUGUGACUGCCUCCCUCUCAUGUCCAUGCUCUGCUCAGACACACAUGAGUUAGAACUGAUUGUUUUGGUCAUUGGGGGCUGUAACUUGCUCUCUUCUCUCCUGACCAUCCUUGUAUCCUAUGUGUUCAUUCUUGUGACCAUCUUCAGAAUGAACUCAGCCCAGGGGAGAUCCAAAGCCUUCUCUACCUGUAGCUCUCAUCUGAUCGUGGUGGUUAUAUUCUAUGGGACAUUAUUAUUUAUUUACAUGCAACCCAAAUCCAGCCAUGCUUUUAAUAUAGACAAGAUGGCCUCUGUGUUUUACACUCUGGUCAUCCCUAUGUUGAAUCCGUUAGUCUAUAGUCUGAGGAAUAAGGAAGUAAAACAGGCUCUGAAGAGAACAUUAACUAGUCUGGGUAAAACUCCCACAUAA